ACAAUACUAGAUAGCAAGACACUUAUACAUACUAGGGUACCUGCCUCACAACAUCCAGAAAUUGCACCUACAGAAUUUGAAAAGUAUGUGGACGCACUAGGUUUCAUGAUUCGAAGAAAGAGUGUAAAGAGGAGACAAUCUGUACUGUCUGUUUAUUUUACAGCGGAUGAACCUAAAUUUGAUGAAGAAGAUAAUAAUAAAGAAAAGCAAGAUGAGGAUGAGUUAAAAAGGAGAUCAUUGAUACGUCGAAGUGUUAGUUUACAUUUACCGAAUGCAAAUGGUUAUUAUAUAAAAUAUGUAUUCAACUCCAUUUUAACCUCUUUAUCUCUAGAUGAUCACUCUGUUCCUGAUUUCUUAAAAUUCGAUCGAAAUUCAUCUCCACUUGAUCAGUCGCGGGCCAUUGUUCCUAAAACGGAUAGACGGCCACUCCACAGAAGAGGUGCACGAGCAAAGAGAAACCCUAGUACGACAGCUGGACAACAACAACAACAACAACAGAGACCAAUGCUGAGAACGCGAAAUAGCGAAUCUGAUUUCUAUGCACCGAAUACAUCACCUGAAGGCAUUACACUUGUGGAUGAUGAAUGUUUACCAAUUGAAGAUGAUCAGGUUGUCAAGGAAGAAAAAGAGAUAAAGGAACAAGUAAAGGAACUGGAGAUUGCCUCUGAUAAAAAAGAGGAUAACAAACCACAACUUACGAUGACACGAUCGAUGUCAACAUCUACUGCGUCAAGUAGGAAAUCAGCAUGGUCAUGGACUUUUUGGUCAGACGAGAAAUCAUCUAAAAAGAAUAAAGUAGAUCCUGUAGACCAUGAUCAACCAUCCAAACCACCAACAGAUAAUAUACCAUCAAGACGAUUUACAUUGUCUUCAUUAUUCUCUAGAAAAUCAAAGCAUACUCCAACAGAUAUGGAAGAAAAAGAUACCUUACAAGCACCAAAAGACUUUCAACUCAAUCGGAUGUACAUGACACGAUUACCACUUCAUGUAGAAAGAGCAAUCUAUAAACUAUCUCAUGUUAAAUUAGCCAAUCCACGUAGACCACUUCAUGAACAGGUCCUGAUAUCUAAUCUUAUGUUUUGGUACUUAUCCGUCAUAUCGACAAAUGACAGUCAACAACCUCCUGUGAAGACACAUAAACUGAUAAAAAAGAAAAAAAGACCGCCACAACAAAAGAAGACAAAGGUCGAUUUGAAAUCAACCAAGGGUAAUACAGCCUUUAUGCCAAAUCCUUCCUCUACUCGUCAUCAAUCGACUGGCUUUGUUGUACCUGAAAAUUAUUUGAAUCCAAGACAGCAUACAACAAAGAGAAAGGGAACAAGGCAACAGUUGGAUAGUUCAUCGGAUGAAGAUGAAGAUGAUGAAGACGAUGAUGAGGAUGAUAUUGAAGAAGAGGAUGAUGAUCGUAUCUUUAAUAAUAAUAAUAGCAGUAGUGGCAGUAGCAGUAGUAGUAGACUAAAAAAAGACGAUGACUUGCCGUUGGCUAUGUACAAAAUAAAAAAGCAAUGAGCCCAUAAAUGUUUAUUUGUAUUGUUGGAUAAAGUUUUAAUUUACUUGAAACA